GCUUUCCGAAGGAGUUCAUACAUGGAGGAGAGAGAAACCGUCAGCUUCCGCGUCGCUUCGUUCCCAGAGAAUUAAACGACGAGAAAGAAGUGGUUAAACGUGGCACGAUCCUACCCGACCAGCCCUUUUUUGAUGAUGAUGAUGAUGAUGAUCCGGACCGUGCAGCUCUCUCCACGUUUACUUUAGGAAUCAUACUCCUAUCCGAGUUUGCAGGAACGAAAGCCAGCAAGACAUAUAAAUAGUUAGUUAUUGUGCUGCCAUGGUAGUCCUCUGCUGGUCCAACUUCCCCGUGCUUCCACUUUCCUCCUCCACUGCCUCUCCCUACCACCCCACCACCGUCGUCUCCUCCGCCUUUGGCUUCCUCCCCGACCACGCUGAUUCCGUUUUUCGCACCCUCCGCUCUCUGUUUCUUCUGAUGGUUCGAACGCCAACUCCGCCUCGCCUCCCUCUCCGUUGCCGCCCUCGUCUCCUUCCGGAGCCACAUGUUCCGCGUGCCGCGCCGCAUCGUGGAUCUGAUGGGUCGGGACUUCAACUUCUCUGACUUCCUCUCCCUGUUCCCGGGUGCGUGUCAUCUCGAUGCCCCUAUGACCUACAACUGUUUGUUGAAAUGCCACUCUGGCUCCGGGAUGACCGGCCAGUCCUUGCAGGUCUUUGUGCGGGCACGCAGGAUGUGUGUCUCGGCUUCUCGCACCGUUAUCUCACAACUUUUGGAUUCUUUAGUCGAUAUGGGUAAAAUGGAUGCAGUAUUGGAAAUGCAUGAACAAUGUCCAGAUCUUUACAGAGCUGUAAUGAGUAAACUUUUGGAGAAAGGAUAUGCUGGAGUUGCUUUAAAAUUUCACAGGAGAUCAAUGGAGAGAGGUUCUGUGCUCCAAAUUCUUGAACUAAACAGGCUUCUGAAUACUCUGUGCAAGCAGAAUCGGAUCAGUGUAGCAUUUGAUCUUUUCUACUUGGCUUUAGAAAUUGGUCCUGAGCCGAGCGUGGUCACAUAUAGUACUUUGAUCCGCUCUUGCUGUAAAGAGGGCAGAUUGGAUGCUGCAGUUAAGAUUUUUGAGCUGAUGGUGGAGAAGGGAACAAAUCCUGAUUUGAUAGUUUAUGCUAUCCUCAUAGAUGCAUUCUGCAAGAAAGGCAGAAUGGAGGAGGGGAAUGGUCUUUUUCAUAGGGCAGUAGACGAUGGACUCAAGCCAGAUGUGGUGGUCUUCAGUUCGCUCAUGGAUGGGUAUGUUAGACUCAGGGAUGUAAAGAAGGCCUUUGUGUUUUAUAAGAGAAUGGUGGAUGAUGGUGUGGCACCCAGUUCCGUGACCUACAGCAUUCUGAUCCACGGGCUGUGUCAGGAUGGUCGAGUUGCCGAGGCUUAUGGAGUUUUAUCUUUGAUGGUGAAGAAGCUGCUUGAGCCAAACAUUUUAACAUAUAGUAGCCUAAUUGAUGGCCUCUGUAGUGAUGGGAACCUGAUAGAAGCAUUUGAUCUAUAUAAACAUGCGAUAAGGAUGGGCAACCAUCCUGAUAUAGUAGUUCAUGUUUUGCUUGUAAAGGGUCUCUGCAGGUGGGGCAGGAUUCGUGAUGCACUUAGGUUGUUUUUCAAGUUGGGCUUGGAAGCUAGCAUUGUUCCUUAUAAUAUGCUAUUGGAUGGAUGCUGUAGCAUGAAGAGACUCGGAGAUGCAGUCAGAAUAUACAGACUAUUGGGAGCAAAUAAUAUUAAAGCAGAUAUAGUUACUUUUACUGUGCUUAUCAAAGGAAUGGCAAAUGAAGGGAGAUUGCAUGAUGCAACCAACUUAUUCUUUCAAAUCCUGAAAAGGGGCAUAAUCCCAGAUGCUUUAACGUAUUGUAGCUUAAUUGACUGUUUGUGUAAACAUGGUAAUUUGAUUGUUGGUUUCAAAAUUUAUGAGAUGAUGCUAAGGAAUGGUGUUGAGCCUGAUAUAUUUAUUUAUAAUGUUCUCAUCAAUUCUCUUUUCAAGGAGGGUCAAGUGGAAGGGGCGUUGAAAUUGAUUACCCAGCUAACAAAACUUGGAUUGAAGCCUGACAUCGUGACUUGUAAUACAAUCGUCACUGGCUUGUGUUAUCUGGGAAGAUUGAAUGAAGCUACUGACGUUUUUGAAAAAUUGAUUUGUAAAGCUUUUCAACCGAACACUGUAAGUUAUACAAUUCUAAUUCAUGCAUUUUGUAAAGAAGGCAGAAUGAAUGAGGCAAAGUUAUUGUUCGAUAAGAUGCUUGAUCAUGGUACCUGGCCUAAUGUGGUGACCUAUAGUUGCUUGGUAGAUGGGUACUUUAAAGCUGAAAGGAUGGAAAAUGCCAUGGAACUACAUGAAUUGAUGUUACAACAUAGAAUCCACCCUAACAUUGUUGGUUACAGUGUCCUGAUCGAUGGAUUUUGCAAGCAAGAACGGCUGGAGGAAGCUUCACUGGCUUUUCACUGUGCUAUUAGCAGGGGCUUGUUGCCUGAUGUUGUGGCAUACAGCAUUUUGAUCUGUAAAUUCUGUGCGGUUGGAAGAUUAGCUGAAGCCAAUAUGUUUUAUGAGAGAAUGAUUGAAGAUGGUGUCAAACCAGACAGUUACUUGUAUAAUAAAAUUUUGCAAUGUUUGAAAACACAUGAUUGUACAGUAGUUGCUGGUCAGUCAAAUAAUAUGCUUUAGAAAAGUAAGUAUUGCAUAUUUUUGUUGUUUUGUUCAGAAGGAAGCAUGCAACUGUGGUUUACCUUUUAUCUGUACCCACCAAAGAAUGAGAUCUUUCCUCUGAAGUUUACACUAGAGAAAGAGUUUUGAAACCAAGUUAAUGUUGGUCGCAUCUAAAGUGAGGGGAUUGAGAUUACAUAUGUGGGCAAUCAAGCAAGCACUCAUGAAAGGUACUCUCCUACAACACAAAGUUCUUCACUUUGUCUUAAUGGUACUUGCAUCAAAGAUUUUGUAACUUUGUACAUAUCAUUGUGAUUAUUAUCUGCAAUAUUAUUAUUUGAGUUU